AUGCAUAAGGGUGAUAAGUGCGCUUCGGUAGGACAAGAACCUUCAGGUUCAAAAUCUGGGUCCGUACUACAAAAUGAUGGUACAAGUAAAGGGCCUGUGAGGCCAAUUGUUCUUCCAGACACAUUUACAGGGGAAGAAGAAGAGUUUAUUGAUUUGUUGGAGAGUUUUGAGGCUUGUGCAGCUGUCAACAAGUGGACAGAUGAGGAAAAGUGUCAGUUUGUGGCCAUCAAGCUUAAAGGUUCAGCUCGUAAGGUAUUUAACGAUAUAGAACCUGGGGCAAAAAGGGAAUGGAUCCUCCUGGAGGAUGAGUUAAAAAGGCGUCUUGAUGGCACUCGCCGUCCUGAUUUGUACAAAUCCGAAUUUUUGACGCGGAUCAAAAAAUCUGAUGAAGGCUAUUUGGAUUUUAGCAAUGCAUUAAGAAUUUUGGCUAGGAAAGAAUAUCCCAUUGUUAGUGUAGGUAUACGAGACGAAUUGGCCAGGGACCAAUUUUUACGGGGAUUGGGUGGGGUUGAUAUAUCUUUGAAGGUUAGACACAUGAAUCCGGCAACUUUAGAUGAUGCUGUUAGAAUGAGUAUCGAAUGGGAAGCCGUAGAAAGAGAUGUACGUAAUCAAAGUGCUAACAAACCAACACCAGUGGUGAGCGACUUGACCGGUGCAGUUGGAGGGCAAACCGCAUCUAAAACAGAUGAGCUAAUAAGUCUGAUGACUAAACUCCUGUCAGGUAUGAGUUCUAUAUCUUCAGCUGGGGCCACGUCUGGACGAGAGCGGACUAAACGAGCUUUAUUUACUCAGAGUUUAUUUUGGAAAGAGAUGUCUGACGACUCUCUUCGAAGUUCUUUGAUGAUAAGAAAUGACAAAUCAGAAGCAAAUUCGGAUUUUGUCCGUGAUGAAAAUGUUGUGGCCGAAAUCGGAAGUGAGAAUAAAUCGGACGCAACUCAGAACUGUCCGAAGCACAAAGCUUCUAAGACGACAAAUAAUAAGGUGAGAACGCGUGAUCGUAUCUCUAAUUUAGAAUCCAAAUUGGAUAAAUUUCUUGAGGUUUUUGACCAACGAACUUUUAUUGCCCCCACUUUUGGGGCGGCUUUCGAGAAGCAUCGGAAAAUUGACAAAUCACAAAGAUUUGAUCAGACUAGGCCUAUUCGUGAUAAAUCUCAAAGAUUGGACAACUAUAACAAUGCUUAUCAAGAUGAGGCUUCAGCAAAAAGGGCCAAAUUCAAAAAUUAUAAAUCUAUUAUUUCUUCCAAUGAGGAUGAUGAUGUGUUGUCAUUACAGCCAGGGCAGAGCGAAAUUAAUUGCUUUUCUUCAGACUAUGCUCAGUCUGAUGAGAAUAACUGUAUGCCUGUUUUAGAAAAGGAAGUUGUGCCUUCUACCGAAGAAUCUAAUGUUAAUGUCACAGACAAGAGCCUUUUCGAUAUUUUCGGGAAGGAUGCCCUUAAUCACUUUUCGGCACUUUUCGGACAGCCGUAUAAAAUGGUGGAAAAGAUUGCGUAUCGUGGCCAUCAGGCAGCGGCCAUGGGUAUUAAUAUUCAGCUUUUCAUACAAAAGGCUUUAGAGUCCUUAAUGGAAGGGUUGUCAACUGGUUCAGAUAGUAAAGAACAAUCGGUGGAAAAAGUUCAGAAUAUUUUCGCUAUGACAACUAAAAGUCUUGACCAACUAGGUAGGGUCGGGGCAUUUCACCACAUCAUUAGAAGGACGGUGGCUAUGUCUGACUCUGCUCUAUACGAACUGGAUGUGGCGAGACGAUUGUCAAAUUUACCUUUGUCAGAAGAGGGUGUUUUUGGUCCUGGCCUGGAGACCACGUUGAAAGUUCGCAAGGAACAGAAGCGAACCAUGCAAGACUUGCUAACCGAUUUUCAAGCGCGCAAACGCAAGAGUAGUGUAGUACAACAACCUGAACCUUUCAAGAGGGGUCGUUUGUCAUAUAAACCUUAUAAACCUGCUAAUUAUAACACCAGUUCUAAUUAUAGUUUUCGUGCCAAACGGUUCACAGAGAGGUACCAAGACAAGAAGCCAUACACCAGGGGCUAUGACAGAAAGCCUAACUUUAAGUCAGGAAAGGCUUACAGACCCAACAAGAAGUCUAAUGAAUGA